AUGGAGGACGAUGGUGAAUGGGCUUGGCUCCCCAAGGACUUGCUGCACUCCAUAUUAGACCAGCUACAGCCAAUGGAAGAUGUUAUCAGAUUCAGCGCCGCUUGUACGGAAUGGCGUUCUGUUGCGGUAGCGAAUUUGAAAAGUCGCUCUCUUCAUCAAAGAGGAGUUCCAUUCUUGAUGAGUCGUACAAAAGACAAUAUCGGUAAUUUACACAGCGUGACCCAGAAGAAGAUGUAUAAAUUCCGGUUUCCAAUGCCUCACAAUAUGAAGUGUUGCGGCUGUUCCCUCGGUUGGUUGAUCAUGGUCGAUGUCACCAUGGACGUCAUCCUCUUCAAUCCCUUCUCCGGCAACGCCAUUACUCUUCCUCCCAUCCGAAGAUUGGUAUUUGAAAAACGUUAUGCGUUGGAAUUUGAAGAUACCCGCCGCCUCUCUGUUCUCCAACGAUAUGAAUAUGAAAUACGAUUGCGAGAAGAAUAUGGGGAAGAAGAAUUGGAAGAAAGGUUAGCCUUCAUUAAAUCUGGUGAUGAAGAUUGGACUUACGUUGAUAAUAAAACUAGUGGCUUUGAUUAUCUCUUUAAGACAAGUCCUCGAGUUAAGGGUUUUCGGUAUUUCGAGGACAUCCUUUAUUGGAAAAGCCAGUUUUAUGCUGUGGACCGCCUCGGAAAACUUCUAUCUUGUGAAAUCAAUACAAAUUUUACCGAUUUGAGAGUUAAGAUUGUUGAUGUUCCAAAGGGAGGAUUUGGGAUUGAUGCUACUUCUAGUUCAACUUUUUUUCAACAACUAGCAGAUAAUGGUGGUAAUGUAGGAUGGGUUAAGAAAAAGGAUUUGGGUGAUGCUGCCUUAUUCCUUGGAGACAACCAUUCUAUUUCAGUUCGCGCUUCUGAUUUUACUGGAUGUGAGCCAAACUCCAUAUAUUUCGCGGACAAGGAGGAUGAGACUGUAUGGUGUUAUCCUGGUUAUCCUUUUGACAUGGGUGUAUACAACUUGAAACACAAAUCAAUUGCACGAGACUACCAAUUGAAUCCUUCCCAAAGAUCGAUGCCACCUCCGAUUUGGAUAUUGCCUACAUUCAUGUGA